AUGGCCAACGUUGCCCACAACCAAAUCUCACAUGCCGUCAAAUACGGUGCAGGUCACUUCCACCCUGACCCAGCCGUUGCCGAUUUAGAGCACCAGAUGGCUGCCCUCACCCAAAGAAUCGAGCUUCAGGAGAAGCAGGCCGCAAACCUACAACACUUUGUCAUCGACGAGGGCAUCUGGCACACCAACGAUGUGCGGUCCUGGCAGCAGCCCCAGGAGAUGACCUCGGGCCGCGCGCUCAAGGUGUCUGUUAGCUUGCGCUCUGUGGAUGCCAACAAGGAUUACAAUAUUAGGGUCAAGGUUUACACGUCCAGGAUCGACAAGACUGGUUUUACCGUUCACGCUGACUCGUGGAGUAACACCCAGCUGUAUCCCGCCGGCGUAUCCUGGGUUGUUAUUGGGCAGUGA